AGGUGAUAAGUAAGAGCAGCGGGUGAAAUUUUAUCAAAGAACAUAGGAUACUGAAGCUCCAGAAGUAAGGGGUUAGCAGAUAGAGAUCAAAUAGAGGAAAGAACAAGCGCAUCAGGUAAAAAGAAAGUUGAUACCGGGCAUGAUAAUUUAGUUGUAAGUGCUUCAACACAAGCUAAACUUACAUUUGAGUUCCUUUUGGAGACAGAAAAUGUAUCACCAUCACCAUCAGCAUCAAGGAAAGAACAUCCACCCUUCUUCGAGAAUGCCUAUUCCUCCUGCAAGGCAUUUGUUCCUGCAAGGUGGGAAUGGCACUGGAGAUUGUGGUCUUGUCCUCUCAACUGAUGCGAAGCCAAGACUGAAGUGGACGCCUGACCUUCAUGAACGCUUCAUAGAAGCUGUCAAUCAGCUUGGAGGAGCAGACAAGGCUACUCCUAAAACAGUCAUGAAACUAAUGGGGAUUCCUGGCCUUACCUUAUAUCAUCUCAAGAGUCACCUUCAGAAAUACAGGCUCAGUAAAAAUCUACAUGGACUAGCUAAUAAUGGCAGUAACAAAAUAGGUGCAGUUGCAAUGGGAGGAGACAGAAUGUCUGAAGCAAAUGGGAUGCACAUGAAUAACUUAAGUAUUGGACCCCAGACAAACAAAGGCUUACAAAUAGGUGAAGCACUGCAAAUGCAAAUUGAAGUCCAGAGAAGGCUGCAUGAGCAGCUUGAGGUACAGCGACAUUUACAGCUUCGUAUUGAGGCUCAAGGGAAAUACUUACAGGCAGUGCUGGAGAAAGCCCAAGAGACUCUUGGUGGACAAAAUUUGGGUACCGUGGGGCUUGAAGCAGCCAAAGUUCAGCUAUCCGAACUGGUGUCUAAAGUGUCCAACCAAUGCCUGAAUUCAGCAUUUUCAGAUUUGAAAGACUUGCAGGGUUUAAGCCACCAGCAAACACAAGCAACUCCACCCACUGAUUGUUCCAUGGAUAGUUGCUUGACCUCCUGUGAAGGAUCUCAGAAGGAGCAAGAAAUACACAACAAUGGGAUUUGUUUAAGAGCUUACAGUAGCAGCUCACUCUUGGAGCAAAGAGGUCAGAUAGCAGAAGAUCCAUUGCCACUGCAAACUGAGCUGAAAUCCUUUGAGGACAUAAAAAAGAACAAACUGUUUCUAUCCUCAAUAGGCAAGGAUGCAGAGAGAAAAAUGUUUUUUGCAGAUAGAAGCUCCAGUGAUUUAUCCAUGAGUGUAGGAUUACAAGGAGAGAAAGGGAAUGGCAGCAACAACUGCAGCUUUUCUGAGGGAAAAGGAAACAAAAGGGCAGAUACAGUUGAUAGACUACCUUACUUUGUAACAAAGCUAGAUUUAAAUGUCCAUGAAGAAAAUGAUGCAGCUUCAAGCUGCAAACAGUUUGACCUGAAUGGUCUCAGCUGGAGCUGAAGGGAUUAUUCAUCUUCAUGACUAGAGAAAGUGAAGAGACAAAGUUCAGCAUAUUGAUAAUCCAAUUCCCAUUAAACAUCGGAAGAGGAAACUCGGUGAAGAAAUGCUGCUUUUCGGAUUCGGGCCAGCUUGCCAAACCAAAAUCAAUUUGGAUUGCUUCUUGCUAAUCGAUGUAGUUUUGUUUUUUUUUUUUUUUUAAUCUUUUUCCUAUCUGAUCAUGUAUCAUUUAAGACAAGACCUGAUGGAUUAUUACAGGAAACAUGGCUUGAUCUGAUUAAAGCACAAU